GCAGCAGCAACAGGCGCUUGAAGCAGGAUCCCAGUGGAGCAGCAGCGACUCGUCAACUCGCUGGAAAGUGACCGAUCCGAUCUCAGGGGCCGGAUCAUGGACAGUGGCUGCUGCCCGACGGAGGGAGAUGGAGCAGAGAGUGACCAGCAGCAGCCUCUCGUUCUGCAGAGGGUGGAGAAGGAGGCGGAGAGAAGCUGUCAAACCGUCCUGAGGCAUCGUGUGAAGAAACACUGCUCGUGCUCCUCGGUGAAGCUCAAAUCCAAAGCACUGGACUUCUUCCCCAUCCUGAAAUGGAUGCCACGCUACAAGGUCAGGGACUGGCUUCUGGGCGACGCCAUGUCGGGACUCAUCGUCGGGAUCCUGUUGGUUCCCCAGUCCAUAGCUUACUCCUUAUUGGCCAGCCAGGACCCUAUUUAUGGUCUGUACACGUCCUUCUUCGCCUCCAUCAUCUACGCCCUGUUGGGCACCUCCAGACACAUCUCGGUGGGGAUCUUCGGCGUGCUGUGCCUGCUGGUGGGCCAGGUGGUGGACAGGGAGCUGGCUCUGGCUGGAUACCUCCCAGAAGGCACCAGCAGUAACGCCAGCGUCCUCCUGCUGGCUGACCAGGGGAAUGGCAGCGUCGGGCUGGAAUGUGACAGGAGCUGCUACGCGAUCACAGUCGGAGCCACGCUAACCUUCACUGCCGGGAUUUACCAGGUGCUCAUGGGUAUUUUCCAGGUGGGCUUCGUCUCCGUCUACCUCUCGGACUCUCUGCUCAGCGGCUUCGCUACCGGAGCCUCUCUGACCAUCCUCACCUCGCAGGUCAAGUACCUGCUGGGGCUGAAGAUCCCCCGGCCCCAGGGCUGGUUCACCCUGUGCAAGACCUGGUUCAGCAUCUUCACCGGCCUGGGGAACACAAACAUCUGUGACCUGGUGACCAGUCUGGUGUGUUUGCUGCUACUGCUUCCAACCAAGGAGCUCAAUGAUCGCUUCAAAGCCAAGUUGAAGGCUCCGAUCCCCUUCGAGCUCUUCGUGGUGAUAAUCGCGACCCUGGCGUCUCACUUCGGCCACUUCAACACCGAGUACGGGUCGAGCGUGGCCGGGGUAAUCCCCACUGGCUUCCUUCCCCCCCAGUUGCCCUUGUGGUCUCUGAUCCCCAACGUGGCUGUCGACGCCUUCUCCAUCGCCAUCGUGGGCUUCGCCAUCACCGUGUCUCUGUCGGAAAUGUUCGCCAAGAAGCACGGCUACACGGUGGACGCCAACCAGGAGAUGUUCGCCAUCGGCUUCUGCAACAUCCUGCCGUCGUUUUUCCGCUGCUUCACCACCAGCGCCGCUCUGACCAAGACGCUGGUGAAGGAGUCGACCGGCUGCCAGACGCAGGUGUCGGGGCUCGUCAGCGCCCUCGUCCUGUUGCUGGUGCUUCUGGUUAUUGCACCGCUCUUCUAUUCCCUGCAGAAGUGUGUCCUCGCCGUGAUCAUUGUGGUCAACCUCCGCGGGGCUCUACGGAAGUUCCUGGACAUUCCUAACAUGUGGCGCAGGAAUCGUGUGGACGCCUGCAUCUGGCUGGUCACCAUGUUGACGUCCUCGCUGGUCAACACAGAGCUGGGGCUCCUGGUCGGGAUUCUGGUGUCGGCGUUCUGCGUCCUCGCCCGGACUCAGCAGGUCCAGGUCCUGGAGCUGGGCCGGGCCUCGUCCAGGGAGCACUACGAGGACCUGUUGUCUUACCACGGCCUCCGCACCCAUCCGGGAGUGGCGGUCUUCGGGUACCAGGCUCCCAUCUAUUACGCCAACCAGAGCCUGUUCAAGACAUCUCUUUACAACCGCGUGGGGCUCGAUCCCGUGAAGGAGAAGGCACGACGGCUAAAGUUCCUCAAGCAGCAGCAGAAGAAGAAGAAGAGCAAACAGGAGGAGGUGGCAAAGCUGACGUCAGAAAAAGAGGUGGAAGCUGAAGGGGCCGUGACCCUGAUGCUCGACGUGGAGUCGCCUCGGAACCUGCGGAGCAUAGUGAUCGACUGUAGCGCCAUCUUGUUCCUGGACACCGCCGGAGUGAGCGCUCUGAAAGAGGUUCGCAAAGAUUACGAAGAACUCGGGGUCCGGGUGGUUCUGGCCCAGUGUAGCACCUCGGUGCUGGACACUCUGGAAUCGGGGGGGUACUACCCCGACACAGGAGGAGAUGAUGGGGGGGAGAAGAAAAAGAUCUUCUUCACUAUCGCCGACGCCGUCCGCUCCCUCCAGAGUCUCCAUGCUCCCAACGGAGACUGUGACACCAGGUGCUGAAGAAACAUCUGUCCAAAUGUCCAUGUUUACAUGUAUAUUUGUAGUUUACAUGUAUGUUGCAGUUUACAUGUAUGUUGCAGUUUACAUGUGUGUUUGCAGUGACAAUCUCACAUGAUGCAAAUCAAACAUGCAUUGUUGCCUUUGUGCCUUGUGAUGCUACUGUGGUAGCAGCGGUUAGGUAGAAUAGAAGUUAAAUAAGUUUUCAUAUUGGCAAAUGAAUGCGAGAGCCGAUAUGUCGACGAGGUUCAUAUCAGUCGGGCUCUGAUCCAGAAUUUAAAUUUAUUUCACCAACAAGACGACGGUUAAAAAAACUCUUCACUGAGAAACGAUGCUUCAAGGGGACAUUUCAAAAAUCUAUUUUUAGUACCUAAUCAUUUUAACGAUAUCGCUGGUGGAUUAAAUCUGUACAAUCUUUCUACUGUAGUUUCACUGAACAUGUGCCGUUACAGUUACCCAUAAUGCAUUUAUCUAUUGUACCAAUGAUAAUCAAUAUUGUCUACGGGAGAGACAUGUUUACGAGGCCAUUAAGAGAUAAAUGAACACGUAUCUUAUCUUAGCUGAUGAGAUAAUAAGAGCUAAGUUUGUCUUGAGACCUUUUGCACCCUUUGUCUAUGCACUAAACCUCCGGUGCCUUUACUGAGCAGAAUCUGUCCAUGUAUGAACUCUGAAUGUUUUCAAAUCAGGUCCGACAUCUACAAUCUGAAGACCUGUCACCAAAGACGCAUUUUCUGAACCUUUGUCGAGUUAUUUUUAUUAAGAACAAAGGUCAAGUGCAUUUGUGUGUUUCGGUGUAAAUGACCGUGUGAGCUGAAUGGGCCACGUGGACACACACUACUCUGUGAUGUGUGUGUUUGCUGAGUGAGAUGACUGACGUUGUUACACGCAUGGCUUUAGUUUGUGUUAUUAUAUCUCGGUCAAGAUCAUGAAUGUGCUGUAACAUUGAUUUGUUCAGAACUCAUGGCUCCAAAGUUAAGCUUCUGGGUCCAUUACUCUGUAUUUUGUGACACCAGAAGAAGCUCAGGGCUGGUUUCAUGUGUGUGUGUGUGUGUGUGUGUGUGUGUGUGUGUGUGUGUGUGUGUGUGUGUGUGUGUGUGUGUUGUGUGUGUGUCAGCUAAAGUCCAAACAGCAGAAAGGACCAAAUGUCCUGAAAACAGAAAAUCCUUCUGGACACAGAGGGACUGUUUUCUGAAGCAGGUCAUCUGAGUGAAGGACAGGUGUCAUUGAUCUUCACUCUUCAGUUCCAUUAAAAAUCAGUGGAAACCAAAUAAAGAGAGAACUUUAAUCAUGUAAAACUGUAAAAUGCUGUUUGUUAGAAACCCUUAAAUCCAGUUUGACCUUGACUCUGACCUUGUUGGAGACAUGAGUGUUUGUAGCUUUAGUUCUUUCUCAAACCAAACAUAUCUGUAUAUCACUUAGACACAGUUAUAUUAUCUUAUACAGUCUUAAGACAACUUUGCAGUAUAUUGUAUUGUUCUUAUUUAUUUUUGCCAAAUAUGUAACCGUCAACAGAAUCUCUGUGUCUGAGGUUUCACGGCUGCACCAGCUUUGAUCUGCUUUGAUCCUGAAACAGAACUGGUGUGUACACUUUAGAUUCAGGUCUAUUUGUUGAACAUGCUACUGACUUCUGACUUCAAUGAUUCUGUUUUUAGAAAUAUAUUGUUAUAUAUAUAUUUACACAUAUAAAAGACAUUUUAAAGUUAAGUUUUCUUUUCUCUUUACUGUUCAGUUUACGUUUAACAGGGGCUCGAUCUUCUGUGAAAGUGAACUUUAGUUUAGAAUCAAAGGAGAAAUCUCUGUCAAUCUUCUCGAUCAUCCAAUAAAGAUAAAACAUUUCAGUGGG